UCCAGCAGAGUUGUCUUGAUGAUUAGAAUUCAGGCUCUAAAGAGAAACCCCAAGGAAUUAUAUAUUGGACACAACAGAAAGUGGGAGCUGUACCUGACCUGUAGAGAAUGUGGACCACAUAUAAGAUCUUCAUCUUCUCUUAUCUUAUUACAGAAAUUUGGAUGGAGAAACAGUAUGCAUCUCAAAGAGAAGUGGACCCCAGAGUCGCUUUCACUAGCAAUCACACCAUUUCAGAAGGUCCUCGAUUCAAAAGAGCCAUUUUCAAAGGGCAAUACUGUAGAAGUUUCAGGUGCUGUGAAGACAGAGAUGAUGGCUGUGUCACUCAUUUCUAUGAGGCGAAUGCACUGUGUUACUGUGAUAAAUUCUGUGAAAGGGAAAAUUCUGAUUGCUGCCCUGAUUACCAGUCAUUUUGCCACGAAGAGAAAGAAUGGCCUCCUCACACAAAGCCUUGGUAUCCAGAAGGUUGCCUCAGAGAUGGUCAACAUUAUGAAGAAGGAUCAGUAAUUAAAGAAAACUGCAACUCCUGCACAUGCUCAGGACAGCAAUGGAAAUGUUCCCAGCAUGUAUGUCUUGUUGAACCAGAAUUAAUUGAACAUGUCAAUAAAGGAGACUAUGGAUGGACAGCCCAGAACUACAGUCAAUUCUGGGGAAUGACUUUAGAAGAAGGUUUCAAAUAUCGUCUUGGCACCUUGCCGCCCAGCUCCAUGCUUCUGAGAAUGAAUGAAAUGACAGCUCCUUUACCUGCAAUAAGUGAUCUUCCAGAGUUUUUUGUUGCUUCUUAUAAAUGGCCUGGAUGGACUCAUGACCCAUUGGAUCAAAAGAAUUGUGCUGCCUCAUGGGCAUUUUCCACUGCAAGUGUGGCUGCUGACCGAAUAGCAAUUCAGUCGAAGGGGCGAUACACAGCCAAUCUGUCUCCUCAGAAUUUGAUUUCUUGUUGUGCCAAGAACCGCCAUGGAUGCAACAGUGGAAGCAUCGAUAGGGCUUGGUGGUACCUGAGAAAACGUGGACUGGUAUCCCAUGCAUGCUACCCACUUUUCAAGGACCAGAAUGCUACCAGUAAUGGCUGUGCCAUGGCAAGUAGGUCUGAUGGGCGGGGCAAACGGCAAGCCACAAAGCCAUGUCCCAACAACAUCGAGAAAUCUAAUAGGAUCUAUCAGUGUUCUCCUCCAUACAGAGUCUCUUCCAACGAAACUGAAAUAAUGAAAGAAAUAAUGCACAAUGGACCGGUUCAAGCCAUAAUGCAAGUCCAUGAGGAUUUCUUCCAUUAUAAGUCAGGGAUAUAUAGACAUGUCACCAGCACAAAUGAAGAAUCAGAAAAAUACCGAAAGCUUCGAACACAUGCAGUCAAACUCACUGGAUGGGGCACGCUAAAAGGAGCCCAGGGGCGGAAAGAAAAAUUUUGGAUUGCUGCCAAUUCCUGGGGGAAGUCAUGGGGAGAGAAUGGCUAUUUCAGGAUUCUUCGAGGAGUAAAUGAGUCUGACAUUGAAAAGUUGAUUAUCGCAGCUUGGGGCCAUCUAAAUUCAGAUGAGCCAUAACAUAUUAAAUUUCCAUAGACCACGCAUUUAAGUAACCCCUUAAAUUGAAAUUAAGCACUGUGAGGUUCUCUGUGACAGUGGAUUCUUUCCCUCUUCACUUUGUCAUUAUAAUCUGUUUGUUUUCUUGUUUUAUCACAGGCUCUAUGCUUCUGCUUUCUUUACAUUACUGAGUAUAUGGAAACAAUGAGAGAGCACAGCAGAGUGGUUACACACCUUUAAAGUUCCCUCUUGUCUUUACUCUUCUCUCAUUACAAUCCCCCCCCUUUUUAAUAUAUUGCUUGAUGUGGUUUGCCAAUAUUUUGUUGAGGAUUUUAGAUUCUAUGUUCAUCAACGAUUUGUAACCAAGUCAAAAAAGACAGAGAUACAAUGUCCUUUUUGACUUGGAUAGUUCACAGUUGGUGUGACGGUACUUGUCUUAAAAGUUCAUAGCAUUCAUUUGUCAAUGAUAUGGUUUUUCUCUUUGAUCAAUGAGGACUUUAGACAACAAAAACAAUGGAAACACCAAUUUACUAUCUUCACGAUUUUUUUCAACCAAAUAAUGCCUCCUUAAUUCAGAGCUUGUUUAUGUUUUCCCAAAAGCAACGAAAAUAGAUUAUUAAUUGUUUCUCUCAAUAAGUUAACAUUUUGUUUCUUUACAUUUGCCUACACCUAAUUUGCAAUCCAAACACAAAAGUUAAAGUAACUCUCCACAGCAAAUAACUACUUUUUAUGGUACUGUGUAAUGGUGCAUUAUGUGGAGAAGAUGGUAAAUAUGGAAAAGUUUAGAAGCUAACAACAGAAGUGCAAUCUCGACAUGUAGACACCUUACUUUUGGAAGUCAAUACACUGUGUAAAGUCUAUUAAAAUCAGCUACAAAACUGUAUUUGGAAAGAUAACAUAUUUGCCUCCAAAACAACAGUAUGAUGCCAUGAGUCAGAUGCAACAAAUAUACUUCUAUCACAAUCAUUUUAUAGUUCACUGCUUGAGAUUAUAGAAAGUCAACUAAAUUGGUUCUAAUUUCAAUCUAAUUUUUAGUUUUCUAUAGUCAAAGAAACAAAAAUUGCAUCAUCAUAAUGCUCUGGAAAGAAUAUAAUCUUUUCAUAAUUCACUUACAUCUUAAUUGGCAAACUAAUAAAUGAAAAAACAAUGUUGAUCAGUAAGUGAGGAUGCCAAUUAUAACUACAAUGGUGGGAUAUCUAUGGCCUUUGUUUCUGGGCACUUUUUCUUCUUAAUUUUCAAUGUGGGACUUCUAUAUCAUUGUGCCCACAGGUGCCCUGAUUAGGUGAACCAGAUGUGCUGAAUAUGAGAGGAAGCAGAGCACAGAAACAUGAAGUAUUGCUGCAACUGCUGUUUUCUCUAUUUGUCACUGAAGCUUUAUUCACCUGAUUCCUCCCGGGAAAAUAUACGUGAGGCAGAUUUGUAAUGGGGUACUAAGAUAGAAGUUUCUCCCAAAAUCCCAUAGUCCCCACAGUUAUUGCUUGGGGGAUGAGGGAAGUGGAGCAGGGCCAUUGAGAGUUGCUUUGCAUAUCUGAAGAACUUGGUCAGUGUUUAGUCAUGUUAAGUGACUGUGUCUCCUCAGAACCAGGGAGAUGGACAUGACUCUAAUCCCUGAUGGAUGUAUGUAGCCGAGGGGCUUCCUGCACCUGAGUGAGAGCAGGAAGGCAGAUAGCUCUAUGUUACAGGGCCACGCUUGCCUAGACUAACAGUGGCAGCCAAAAAAGGCUGAAGAAACCAGACUACCAGCUGGUGUAACUCAGUAUGGGAGGAGUCAGAAAUGGGGUUACAGAGGAAGAUCCACACUGGAAUUUAAACCCAGGUGUGGGGCAGCCAUUGCACUCUUGACCGUGUGGCCAGGGAAGGAGAAGCCUGUGACCAUGUAGAAGCAGUGUGGGGGCUUGGCCACACAAUUUGAAUGGAUGAGGAAGGAUUCCCCGGCCCACCAUGAGGAUGUGUUUUUGGAUUAAGAGGAGGAGCCUGGCUAGCCAAGCAUGGAUGGCUGGAAGAAGCCAGAAUACAGAUGGGAAUAUUCCCAGCUAAGCUACAGACUUCCAUUUAUUUUCCUGAGAGAUGGUACCUCUGGCCUGUUUUGGCAAGGGGGUGGCAUGGCUGUGUGCUUGUAGGUGUUUUUUUGUUUCUAAAGUGAGUGGGAUUUAAUGGAAGAAUUCUGCCAUUAUUCUAAACCUGUGUAACUUUUAAAUAAAUAGUGCCUUUCCUUUUCAUAAGACCUGGAAUUGGGAGUCAUGGUUCUUAUUGGCAGUGGGGAAUAGAA